AAACUUUACUCUAAAUUUAAGCAACCAAAAUUUCAGAUCACAGAGAAAUGGACGAUCGAUAAUCGUGCGUGAUUCCUCAGAAAUCCUCGCCGGCCACCGGAAUCUCAUCAUCAUCAUCAUGACUUCAAUCGUCAACAUCACAACCUUCAACGAAGUCAACAUCGCCGAAAUGGAUCAGAAACAGGCAAUUUACCGGUGCACAAUCCGCCGCAGAAUAUGGCCGUUACGGCGGAAGAAGAAGAAGCUGCCGACGGUGAGACUCGGCGGAAAACGGCAGUUACUGGUAAGAAUGCUUAAACGGAUUCGAAUCAGAUGGCUGAAGUUGAAGAAGGCAUGUACCUUGAAGAAACUGAAAGAAUACUACUCAUCUGUUCUGAAGGACGUAAUUGAAGCCGGUGGAACCUUCGAGACGUUUCAACAGAGGCUUCUUCUAGAAACUUCUUUCGCCGUCCCUGUUAUGGGCCUUUCCUUCAAUACUUUCCAUUGAUGCAGAUUCAUCGAUCGCCAUGGCCGGAUUUGGGAUUUCUCGCCGGAGAUCUUACAAAUUUUCAAUGUCCACAAGAAGUUUUGGCGGAUUGCGUGCAUUAAUUUUCCACUUCUUCCCCUCAAAAGAAAGUGAAUUAAUUACAUGGUAAUUAUGGAAUUAAAUGUGUUCAUAUUUUUAUAUUUCUAUUUUUUUGGGAUGUGUUUUUAAUUAGGAAUUCACAACAAAAACAAAAACAAAAAUAAAAACAAAAUGUAUUUAGGGGCCGCUUACCCUAUUAUUAUCUGGUAAGUGUUUACUGGUAAAAUUCAGUACUUUUAUUUCCUUGUUGGAUAACGUUUUCGUUAAUCAUUG